AUGCAGUCAGAAGAGCAGCCUCGAACGAUUGUCGUCCUAGGGUCUACAGGUCAUCAGGGCAGGGGUGUGGUCGAAUGUCUUCUUCGCGAGCCUGGGUUGGAAACAUGUCUCGUCCGUGCUGUUACACGAGACCUCAAAUCUCCUGCUGCUAGACAAUUGCUGGAAGACUAUCAAACCCCCGAUGGGCGUCUCAGUCUCAUCACAGGCGAUGUUUAUGACCCUGAGGGCCUUAAGAAUGCUUUUUCGGGGGCAUACGGCGUGUUUGCAGUUACUAGCGAACACUUCCCCAAGAGAAUUGACACGGAUGAGGACAUGAAGCAUGAACUUCAAGCUGGUUUGAAUAUCAUAUCUGCUGCGAAGCUCUGCCAGAUACAACACUUCGUUUUUAGCAGCUUGCCAAAUAUGAAGCAAGUGACAGACGGUCGCUUCGAGAAACUCUUCCACAUGGAUAAUAAAUAUAUAAUUGAACAAUGGGCCAAGCGAGACUUAGCUGCCGUCACUUGUCUUCUUCCGGGAUUCUUCCUUACAAACCUAAACCGGCCCCAGUACUGUCGUCGUGAAAAUGGGGUCGUCCGUUUUUGUCCGCCGAUUCCCGGGGACAAGUGCGUGCAGUGGCUAGACCCGGUACAUGACAUGGGUGUUUUUGCAGCAAGGGUUUUUGCCCUCGGAGUUUCGAAAACGAAGGGUAAAAACUAUGUUGUGGAAGCACCCAAGCUGCGUAUGCAAGAUUUUGCAACUAUUUUUACACGCGUCACUGGUCAUCAGGCCAUUUAUUCGCCGAUAACUUUGGAUGAGUGGGCUGAUUUGGCAUCGGAAGCAGUCGGGCCCGGUUUUAAAGAAGACAUCCGGCAAAUGAUGGAAUGGGCCUCAAUCAUGCCUGAUGACAAGAUUUGUUAUGGGGCCCUUGAUCCGACAGAGGAUCCUUCUUGGGAAGAUCUUGGUCUUAGUGCCAGUAGCUUUGAAGACUGGCUAAAGCGGACAGGGUGGACUGGACCUUAG